AUGAUGAACUCAAUCCUUCCAUUGUCUUCGUCUCCGAGCGAACCGGCUGUUCUCGAAUUUAGCAGAUUGCAACCGGCUAUGAAAUCCCCAAACCACUACCACCUCGGCAGUUGCCGUCUGGCGAUAGUCUUUUCGCCCUCCCCUGACGAUCGACCCCCAACUUCAAAACCCAUAUCUCUCAGACACUCUCUCUCGUCCAUACUCUUCUUAAUUAGAGACCUCAAUUCCCCCAACGCUAAAAACAAUCAAGCAAUCAAAUCCCUCACAUCUCAGCUUCGGGACAUGGUGCUGAAGACCUCGGGAGCAUACAAGCAUUGCGCGCUGUGCACGACGGGUACGGGGCCGACGACGAACGACAAUCAUCAGAGCCUGCUCAAGACGAACCCAGGUGUUUCUGUCGCGAAGAAUUUGGGUGGGUGA